UCUACUCCAAAUGUAUUUUUGGGUCUUUAUCGGUAAUUGUUUACAAAUAAAAAAAUAAUACUCCUCAGUGAGUACUGUGAGACCUGUGAACGAAAACCCGGUUUGCAUCCCAAUGAAUGUUUUAAAAAAUUCUAUACAUUACUCAAUUAUAAUUAAUAUAAAUAUUAUAAUCGGACUUUCGGUUUGGUGCGAGGCAAGGGCAACACGUGGACGGGGUGCUCUGUAGAAAAAGUGAAGUGUGAGGGGAAAAAGGAAAGGAAAGCGCGAAGUAACACGAAGAGAGGAAAGAUAAAGUGCAAACACACGAGGAGGAAAGAAGGAAAGGUGAAAGGAAGAGAAACAAGGGAGAUUUAUAAAUAAGAGAAUCCAAAAAAGGAAGAGGUUAGGCAGACAGAAGAAAAUCAGAAAGUUGGGCAAAGAAAUAACAGAUGGCGACAGUAAGAGGAAGGCCAAGGAACACAGGCAAGGCGGGAAACAAAGAAGAAUCCAAAAACACAUUAGAAAGAUACAGCUGGACGGAAAAGGAGAAAACAACUAGGGGGGAAGGAAGGGAGGGAGCGACAGAAAAAGCGGAGAAAAUGGAAAGAGGAAUAGAAGCUAGGAUAAAAGAAAUAAUAGGAGUGUUCGAAAAACAGCUGGAGGAGUUAGCGAGGGCGAUGAAAGAGGAGAUAAAAAGGGAAAUAAAAGAGGAAAGAGAAAAAAGAGAGAGGGAAAUAAAAGAGGAAAGAGAAAGAAGAGAGAAGGAAAUGAAUGAGGAAAGAGAAAGAAGAGAGAGGGAGAGGGCAAGAGAGAGAGAAGAGAGAGAAAGAGAAAAAGAGCAGUGGGAGAGAGGAAAGAAGGAGUUAGUAGACAGGAUCAGAAGACUCGAGGAGGAGCGGGAAAGGGAAGAGAGGGAAAAAAGGAGGAAUAACAUAGUAAUCAAGGGGGUGGAAUGGAAGGAAGGAGACAAAGAAGAAGCAGUAAAGGAAUUCAUAAGGGAUAAAAUGGGAAUAGAGACAGAGGUGGAAAAGGCGCACGCGAUAAGGGUGGGAGAUAGGAAGACGAUAAUGGUAGCGUCGAUGAAGUCAAGAGAGGAGAAAAUAAAAAUAAUGAAAGGAAAAAGCAAAUACUGUAAUCAAAAUUAUAUUACUUCUGAGAUGAAUAAAGAUUGUUUUGAAUGACUUUAGUAUUAUUAUUUACACGCCAUUGUAGCAUUUAAAAUCUGACACUUAAAAACUUGCAAGUCAAAGUAUGAUGAGAAUAAGUUGGAGUUGCCGGUCGAUAUUCACAAUUAAAAGUCGAAACGUUAAGGGUUAAUCGUAGAUAUAUCUCGAGUACAGAAACGAAUCUUGACCUUCG